AUGAGCUCUUCUCUUUGCACACUAACAACGUGCGACCCCUCCGAAAGCCCCUACGGCUACAGACCGAGCCAGGCGCCCAGCGCCGUCUUCAUCACCGUCGCCUCCGCCUGCCUCAUCGCCAACGCCGCCAUCGCAGCCCGCACAAAACAGGCGAAACAAAAACAAGAACACGUCGCGACCCCGUUCACGAUUAUCAUCACGCUGGCAUGCGUCCUUGAGAUCGUGGGCUGGGCGGACCGGCUCGCGGGUUGGAGGGAGCCGUGGGCCGUCUACCCGUUUCUGCAGGGUAAAGCGCUGCUUACCAUGGCGCCCGUGUUCGUCACAUCAAGUAUCUACGUCUGCCUCGCGCCCAUGAUCCGAAUCCUGGGAACAGAGCACUCCAUCCUCAAACCACAACUCUACUCCGCCAUCCUCCUGCCCCUCGACGGCCUCGCUCUGAUCCUCCAAAUCGCAGGCCUGGCAGUAGGAUUUAAAGAUGUCCCCCUCGUCCUCACCUCCAAAGAAUCCUACGCGCCCAACAACACAGGCGCAAAGAUCGUAAUGGCAGGCCUGGUCCUCCAACUCGCCACCCUCGUCAUCGCAGGCCUCCUCCUCGCCUCCGUCCUCGUGCGCGCGGCCGUCUCCUACCGCAAAUACGGCUACACGACCUUCCACCGCGACGUCGGCUACGUCCCACUGCCCCGCCGCUUCCGCAUCUUCGCCACGGCCGUGCCGAGCGCCAUGGUCGUGCUCUUCGGGCGCCUGUGCUUCCGGGUCGCGGAGUACGCGGAGGGGUUCCGGGGCGGGCUGGCGACGGGCGACGAGGGUUUAUUUGUAGGCCUCGAUGGAUUGUUGGUCGCGUACGCGAUCGUGGUGUUGGUGGUGUGUCACCCCGCGCUGUUCCUGAGGGACGGGAAGUUUGUGUCGAGGAUCGAGGCGGAGCCGUUUGUGGGCAUUGACGGGCCCGGGGGCUCGAUGAGGGAGAAUGAGGCUGGGUUGGAGGAGUUGAGGAAGGUUUAUCAGGCGCAUACGGAGGAGGAGGAGAGGUUGUCGAGGUUUGAGAGGUAG